UCAUUUCUUCGAGGGGGAACUAUGUUGACGAUGGGGUACUUCCGGGCACCCAAGCUGGGCGGGAGGAAGUCGUCUUCGCCGGAGAGGGACGGCCAGAGCCUGCGUUCGGCGCUGCUCGUCGACGGCGAGACUGCGUCGGUGCCCAAGGGGUACUUCGCGGUGUACGUGGGCGCUGAGGCGCGUCGGUUCGUGGUGCCCAUGAGCCUCCUCUGCCAGCCGGCCUUCCGGGCGCUCAUGGAGCUUGCCGCCGAGGAGUUCGGGUUCGGCCAGACCGGCGGGCUCCGCAUCCCAUGCCGCGAGGAGGACUUCGUCGCCACCGUCGCCGAGCUCCUUCCCGCGGCCGAGUCCAGGCAGCGCCGCUGGAGCGCCGCCGGGGGCAGGAGAAGCGCCUCAGUGAACUGGUGA